AUGUUCCUAGACUUUGCAUUUGCGAAUGCAUCGUCGGAUAACAUGAUAAAGUGUCCAUGCCCUCAAUGUGGGUUUCAAUUUAUGCAAACAAGAGAGGAUGCGUACGACCACCUGUUGAUAAAGCCCUUUCCCGCUGGAUAUACUUUGUGGUUGCGUCAUGGUGAGAAACCAUCUGAGGAGAGCUCUAGUUGCACACCGAUAGUUGAGAAACCUACACCCGAGGUGAAUCCAUAUCUUCAAAUGGUGCACGAGGCAUUUAACUUCACAAUGCCUCCUGGAAGUGAGGAGACCACAACAGCGAAUCCUGUAGAAGACGAUGAUAUAGAGUUGUCGUACUUGUACGAUGGUCCAAGUCGCGAUGCACAUAAUUUUUCCGAUCUUCUUGCGGAUGGAGCGGAGGAGUUAUAUCCCGGCUGCUCGAAAUACUCAAAAUUAUCUUUCCUAGUGAAGUUUUAUCACAUUAAGUGUAUGUGUGGUGUGAGUGACAAGGCUAUGUCGAUGAUUCUGGACUUAUUGCGGGAUGCAUUUGAGCAAGCCAAAUUCCCGUCCACUUUGUAUGAAAUCAAGAAAACUAUCCAAAAGUUAGGGAUUGAGUACAAAAAGGUAGAUGCAUGCCCGAAUGAUUGCAUGCUGUAUCGGGGUGAUGAUGAGGACGCGACGAAAUGCAAGCAGUGUGGGACUUCACGAUGGAAGCAGAAGACGCGAAAGGGUUCUGUUACGAAAUUAAAAAUACCUGUCAGAAAAAAUGGAAAGCCUCUCCCAGCAAAGACUCUCUGUUACUUUCCUCUUAUACCACGACUGCAACGGUUAUUCAUGUGUAGCAAAACUUCAUCUGACAUGUUAUGGCAUAAAGAGGCAGAUAAUAACGAUGGGUACUUGAGGCAUCCAAGGGACGCUGAAGCAUGGAAAGACUUUGAUGCAAAGUAUCCUUUUUUUUCCAACGAUGCUCGCAGUGUUCGCUUAGCUUUAGCAAGUGACGGUUUUAAUCCUUUCAGAGAUAUGAGUACCACGUAUUCCAUUUGGCCUAUGAUUCUUAUUCCGUACAAUCUUCCUCCCUGGCUAUGCAUGAAACAGACAUCUUUUAUACUAUCUAUGAUUAUUCCCGGUCCUAAAAUGCCGGGUAACGACAUCGAUGUUUCUUUGGAGCCCCUGGUGGUUAAGUUGAAACAACUCUGGGAUGGCGUUGAAACUUAUGAUGCUAAUAAGGGAACCACUUUCAAGAUGCGUGCGGCGCUAAUGUGGACUAUUAGCGAUUUUCUAGGGUUGGGAAAUUUAUCUGGGUAG